UCUUUGCUCUCACCUGUACUGAAUUUCCACCUCUUUGUACGCGAGAUCUUUGCGCAUUCACUCUCAUUGGCUCGUUUCAGUACAUCUAUGAAUAAUGCACCUCACGUUGCGCAAUUUUCCAGUCAAGAUGAAACAGAUGGCGCAUACAACAACUUAGCCUACAGGCAAACAAAACAGACAAAUACAGCGAAAUAAUAGAGCUACGCGGCCGAACGUAGUGUACGAAUGCAUGGAAGCUGAAAACUGCUCUUCUAAAAUGAUGAGGAAAUCCGCUGAGUGCUGACAGCGCCAUGGAUGAUCGAUGUCAGCAUGUGACUGAGGAUUUAUUCAGUGGUCAAUGGACUCUCUGCACCUGUUUGCAUCUGGAUAAGGCUCUGGCCGCUGGGGAAGCCUUGCUGGACCUGGCCGUGCAGUUUCAGCACCAGUACCGACGACGGCAACAGCACAGCUGACGUAUUCAUAAAGCAGAGCAAAGCGAAGAUCUCACGCGAUGUCCUCGGCGGUGUUAGAGAAAUUGCUCAGAGGUCGUCUCUUUCAUGCCAGACAGUACCUCAUGAAGCAUAAAACUACGAUCACAAUGGCACCCACUGAAAACUGUGAUGUUCUUGUGACAUUCCCAGACACCACAGAUGACCAUACACUGUUAUGGUUACUUAACCAAAUCCGGUUGGGAAUUCCACAAGUCAGAAUCCAGAUCCGGCAGCAUAAAUACACGCACACCUAUGCAUUCUUCAUUACCUCAACCUUUGAGAAGUCCUUGGCAGUACCAGAGCUUAUAACCAGGGGUGUGAUUCUUCAAAUGUUUCCUCUUCAUGAGCAGAGAAUCCUGAAUCAGCUGAUGACGUCCUGGGUUCAGGCAGUCUGUGAGAGGCAACCUCUAGAUGACGUGUGUGAUUAUUUUGGUGUGAAGAUUGGCAUGUACUUUGCUUGGUUGGGCUUUUACACCAGCUCUAUGCUGUAUCCAGCAGUGAUUGGCUUUCUGCUCUGGAUCUUUGCUGAGUCUGAUCAGACAAGUCAGGAUAUCUGCUGUGUGGUGUUUGCCGUUUUCAAUGUUGUGUGGGCAACACUCUUCCUGGAGAGAUGGAAGCGGCGGGAAGCAGAACUGGCAUAUAAGUGGGGAACGCUGGACACCCCAGCAGAGUCACUAGAGGAACCCCGUCCACAGUUCCGGGGAAUUAAGCGUCGCAGUCCGGUGACUGGCUGUGAAGAGUUUUUCUACCCACCCUGGAAGAGGAGAAUGUUCCACUGGUUGGUCAGCCUUCCCAUCUGCAUCCUUUGUCUCUGCUUCGUCUGUUUGGCCAUGUUUAUCUGCCUGGAGCUUCAAGAAUUUGUCAUGGAAACAAAGGAGUUGCCAAGCAUAUGUAGAUUUUUCCCAAAAAUUCUUCUGGCUGUAACUGUUACUGUAUGUGAUGAAGUGUACAAGAAAAUAGCUCGCUGGCUCAAUGAAAUGGAAAAUUACAGACUUCAAAGCACUUAUGACAAUAAUCUCAUCCUCAAGACUGUUUUUUUUCAGUUCAUAAAUUCUUACCUCAGCCUUUUCUACAUUGGAUUUUAUCUCAAAGACAUGGAGCGGUUAAAAGAGAUGCUGGCCACGUUGUUGAUCUUCCGCCAAUUUCUACAAAAUAUCAAAGAAGUGUUACAGCCGUAUCUCUACGAGCACCAUAAAUUAGGUGCUCUGAGGACAUUAUGGGACUUAAUUCAAACCAUGCUCCUGAACUAUAGUCAUUUAAUAGUGCAAAGGAUACGACUGACUUGCCAAGCCAGUCUGGAUGUGAAUAAAAGUGGCUCACCUCCAGAGCAAUCAGAAAAGAGAGAAAGGAGGAGUUUAAUUGCCAGCUACAGAGUUCCCAAAACAGAGGAAGGGGAUGAUGAUGCUGGACUAAAGCAAAGGAAGGUCAGCUUUACCGAGAAGGUGGAAUACAAGGACAAGGUUGUGGAAGCACCGACACAGGCCAGUUUACAGGACGAUGGCAGUCCUACCCUCGUGGAGAAAGGAAUGGAUCCAUCCUUAAUAUUUGAUAUACGUGAUGAUGACGAUGAUGAUGAUGAUGAUGAUGAUGAUGACGAUGAUAAUGAUUAUAGAGACAUAGAUGAUUCCGUGAGUAAACCUCAAGGAACUCAGAGAAGAAAGACCAAAUCUGCUGGGGAAAACAACAGUACGGAAAAGAAAAUGUCCUGGAUGGAUCCUCCAGAGGAGAACGAAUCCACUGUUUUGACCCAACCAGAGAUUGAAAGUUGCAUGCUAAUUUAUGAGGAUACUCUUCAGGAUUACCAGGAGAUGUUCAUACAGUUUGGCUACGUUGUGCUCUUCUCUUCUGCAUUUCCUCUGGCAGCCAUGUGUGCCCUCAUAAACAACAUUGUAGAAAUCCGAAGCGAUGCGUUAAAACUUUGCACAGGCCUCCAGAGACCCUUUGGGCAAAGGGUUGAAAACAUUGGACAAUGGCAGACCGCAAUGGAGGCAAUGGGUCUGAUCGCAAUAAUUGUGAACUGUUACCUCAUUGGCCAGUGUGGACAGCUGCAACGACUCUUCCCCUGGUUGAGCCCUGAGAUGGCCAUUAUCUCUGUUGUAGUGCUAGAGCACUUCGCCAUUCUGCUCAAAUAUAUAAUUCAUGUUGCAAUUCCUGAUAUUCCAAACUGGGUGGCAGAUGAGAUGGCUAAACUUGAAUACCAGCGGAGAGAGGCUCUCAAGAAACAUGAACGCCUCGCACAGCAGCACCAGCAGCAGCAAAGGAGGAAGUCUGAAGAAGAAGAGGAGCAUCAAAAAAUGGUAGAGGAAUUGGCACGACAAGAUCAAGUCAAGUCCGAUCUGAAUGGAGGUGAAGAACAUCACCAUGAAAAAAGCCCAGGGGCCAAGUUCAGCUCCGGAGAUAAACUCAAGAGACCCAGCUCCCUUUUAGGCAACAAUAAUGUAAUGAAACUUAAACAGAUAAUCCCACUUCAGGGUAAAUUCACCUCUACCACUUCUCCCACAAGCGGUGAGGCCAAACUUCCAGGUUUUCUGAAGUUCCUCAAAUCCCAAGAGUUAAAAAAGGAAGCAGCUGCAGCAGUCACACAAGCAGCUACACAUGGGAGCCACGAGAAAUCACAGUCUCCCAGCAAGUCCUUCAAUCCAGGCAAACUCUUCAACUUUGGGAAGGAAAAUCCAUGUACUGGUUCUGAACAACAAGUGAAACCAGAAGAUGCCUCAAGGGCCACUAAUGCACAACACACAAAUAUUGCCCAAAACCCUUCAUCAGAAGAGCUUCCAUCUGAGGUUGAAGAGUGAAAGCUCAGACUUUGGUUCUAAUCCUUCAAAAAAACAGUGAAUGAAAUGGUGAUACUACUCAGUUAAUAUAUAGCACUGAUUGUAAUGCUUAACAUUUGCUUAAAUGUGGUAAAGCAACCAUGUAGUGAGUGGAACUGCAUGUCAAAAAUCAUUUUAAUACAAUAUAUUAAUCAGAGACCUCCAUAUAGUUUACUUACUAAAGGCGGCAUGCUGAGUCACCUGCAUGAUAAAAUCAGUUUAGGCAUGGGCAAGCAAGAAAGGACAUUUGAAUGAGCACUGUAAAAUGUAUAGAUUUUAUAUUUUUCUAUGCAUUAUUAUUUUUCUUAUUUGAAACAGUAAAUAUGACAAUCUAAAAACAAUGCAUUGUCCUUGCUAAUUUUGAUCUUAUAAUGUGUGAACCCACAAUGCAAUAAAAUGGAAUUACUGUGAAAAGAAAAGAAAAAAAAGGUAUAUCAAACACAAUAUACACCAUUACUUCAAAGCCCGGUUUUUUUUUUUUACUUUUAUACUAUUAUCAUAAUACAAAUUAAAUGCAUAUACAAUUGCUUAUAAAAAU